AUUUUACAGUUAAAUUUAAAUGUCUGCUCAAGAUUUUUUUCUUCUUCAGAUAAGUAUAAAAUAAACUUUUUAAUUAAAGUUCAUAAAUUUUUUAUCCUGCGGGGAAAAAAUGAAAACGUUCAUCUGUCAUAAAGAAUGAGGUGUUGUUGGGUUCUAAAGUGUUUUAUUUAUUCACAUCUUCACCCAUCUGGAGCUGCAGCGCCGCCUGCUGGAAGUAAAACUUUUACAUGUUUGACUUUCUAUCAGCUUCUCUUCACCUGUUUUAUAACCAGCUGUUAUUAGCUAUAAAUAGGAAAAUAGAAAAACUAUUUUCAUCUUUAAAAUGUGGCGCAGUCAUAAACGCUAUUUAUUUUUUUUACAUUAUUAAAUAUAUUUAAUCCUUUAUUCUUAUGUAUGCCCUAACUGAACUUUUAGCACAUUUCAAUAGUUUAAGUAGUUUAAAUAUUCAAACAGUUUAAGUAGUUUUGAUCGGCCACAUGUUUUACCUCCAAAAUGUCUUCAUUUCAAAAUUCAACUUUAUUUCUUUAUUUACUAAAAUGAUCCCUCCGCAGAAAGUAGUCCGUCUGAAACGUCCUGAUUUUACUUCAUAUGUAAAUUGUUUCUGUAUUGAAUGUAAGCCGAUUUAGUCAACUCGUACUAUUCUACAUUAAUUUAUAAUCAAACAAUAAAUUACAAACUUUUUUUAAAUCACGUGGGUAUUAUUUAUUUGACGAACAGCCAUGUUUCUAUGAGAGCUGGAUAAACUUUGGUUCCGCUUUCUUGUUUCCAAUCGAGCAUAAUAUGCCGGACGGAGCUGUAGAAGUUAGCAGCGGGUACCGGCGAGACUAGUUUCCAUUAUGGAGACUGGUUUAGGUUCUGAAUGAACCACUCAGUCGGUUCGGGUUAGUGACCCGGUUCAACAGGUUCGGAUGGAGCCGGAGCACAGGGCGGUGCUCCGGAGGUUCCGGGUGCAGCUGUGCGACCAGUUGCUGGUCAGCGACACCAUCGUUCCGUUCCUGUACCAGGAGGGAGUUCUGACGGAGGCCCAGGUGGAGCAGGUGGAGGGUCAGCUGACCAACCGGCAGAAGAACCUGAAACUGCUGGACCUCCUGCCGAACCGCGGCCCGCGGGCCUUCGGCGCCUUCCUGGAGGCUCUGCGGGACUUCAGCUGGAUCCGGGACCGGUUGCUGCUGGAGCUGCAGAACUCAGCCGGAACCGGGCCUUCAGGGGACGCUGCGGUUCCGGCCCGUUACCAUGGCGACGCUUCCCGGAUCCCGGACUCGGUUCUGCAGAGGGUUCCUUCGGACCGGGAGCUGUCCCGGCUGGCGCAGAGACUCGGUGCCGAAUGGGAGGCGGUUCUGUUGGACCUGGGCGUGUCCUCCGAAGCGGUGUACCGGUGCCGGUCCGAUCACAGCCUGAACACCGGGGCGGCGGUUCUGGACGGCCUGGUUCUGUGGAGGCGGGCCGGCGGGAGGCGGGCCACGCUGGGGCGGCUUCUGCGCAGCCUGGAGGCCGCAGACCUCCACCCGUCGGUCCUGGAGGAGGCCGUGCUGGGAUGAGAUUGGACUGGGUUCCGCUGGCCCGAACCGGGCCGGUCCAGAACUCAGAGAUGACCGCUGCCUAUAAACUGACUGAAUAAUGAAACCAAAGUCAGAACUUUUUGAUUCUAGAACCAAGAAAAGAACCGGUUCCGUUUUAUCUGGAAUCCAAAAGCAGUCAGAAAUAAACCAUAUCUGGAAGUUCCCCGCUGCUGGAUUCAUUCGGAACCGGAGGAGAGUUCUGGAUCCAGAGAACCGAGCUGCACCAGAACCUCCGCCGGUUCUGGAAGCUGCAGGGGAAAAAACCAUCAGGAGAUUUUUCUUCCUGCUCCUGUUUUCUCUCAUUUUCCCACUUUUUCCUGGAAGUCGACCCAGAUUGGAUUCUGGAAAACCCGCUGGACUCCUUCACGGAACCGGAGCUCUGUGACUAAAAACAGCAGCACGUGGACCGGAAGAACCUCCGCUUUCUGCGGGAUUUAAGGUGGACUGGCGGUUCCGCGAACCUUCUGGUUCCGAUCGGACCCAAGAAAACAGCUGGAAACUUGAUUUAAAUCUGAAUUUUCUGUAAAUAAUAAACAUUUACUAU